UCACAUCCUUGUAAGCAACAAUUAAACGGCUCUGGGAUAAAACAGACUGCUGGAGAGGCUUCUAGGGCAUUUCUUCAAGAGAUGGCAACGCGGACAGUUGGGUUCUGUCUCCUCGGAGCAAUCUUCCUCCUCCUCCUCCUCCACCCCUCUGAGCAAGGAGGGGUCCCGGGGGCGGUCCCCGGUGGAGUCCCAGGUGGAGUAUUCUACCCAGGGCUCGGUGCCGGAGCAAAGCCCCCCAAGCCAGGCAUCGGAGGGAUUGGAGGAUUCGGGCCUGGAGGAGUUGGGGUUCAGCCUGGGGCGUUCCCAGGUGGGCUGUACCCAGGGGCUGUCUACCCAGGUGGCCUUGGACUCGGAGCUGGCUAUAAACCAGCCAAACCUGGGGUCGGAGUUGGCGGGGUCGGAGGAGUUACCACAGGUGCCGUGGUGCCCCCGGCGGGCGUAGGUGUGGGUGUUGGUGCCAAACCCGGGAAAGUACCAGGAGUGGGCCUUCCAGGGGUGUAUCCUGGUGGAGUUCUUCCAGGGGCAGGUGCCCGCUUCCCCGGGGUCGGCGUCCUACCUGGCGUGCCAACCGGAGCAGGAGUGAAACCCAAAGUCCCAGGAGGUGGCGGAGGAGCUUUUGGGGGAAUCCCAGGAGUCGGGCCUUUCGGCGGGCAGCAGCCUGGAGUCCCUCUGGGGUACCCCAUCAAGGCUCCCAAACUCCCAGGUGGCUACGGACUCCCAUAUACUACUGGGAAGUUGCCUUAUGGUUAUGGGCCAGGUGGUGUGGCCGGGGCUGGAGCAGGUAAAGUGGGCUAUCCAACGGGCACAGGAGUUGGGCCCCAAGCAGCGGCGGCUGCCAAGGCUGCGAAAUAUGGUGCCGGGGUUGGAGCUCUUCCUGGUUUCGGGGUUGGAGGCGCCGGGGUCCCUGGAAUUGGUGGAAUUCCGGGAGUAGGAGCCCCUGCGGGAGCAGCAGCAGCAGCAGCAGCGGCAGCAGCGGCGGCGAAGGCGGCCAAGUAUGGAGCAGCGGGUGGCGUCGGAGGUCUCGGAGGGGUCCCCGGAGGCCUGGUGCCCGGCGUGGGAGGAGUCCCCGGAGGCCUGGUGCCCGGCGUGGGAGGGGUCCCUGGAGGCCUGGUGCCCGGCGUGGGAGGGGUCCCUGGCGGUGUAGGAACCCCAGCAGAAGCAGCAGCGGCCAAAGCGGCGGCCAAGGCAGCCAAGUAUGGGGUUGGUGUUGGGGGCGUGCCCGGCUUUGGAGUCGGAGCCGGCGGCGUGCCCGGCUUUGGAGUCGGGGUCGGAGGCGUGCCCGGGAUCGGGGGCAUUGCGGGAGUAGGAACCCCGGCAGGAGCUGCGGCGGCCAAAGCGGCGGCCAAGGCGGCCAAGUACGGAGCGGCGGGGGGCAUCGGAGGCCUCGGAGUCGGAGGUCUGGGUGUGCCUGGGGUCGGUGCUGUUCCAGGAGCAGUGUCUCUGGCCCAGGCCCAGGCCCAGGCCCAAGCAGCGGCUAAAGCGGCCAAGUACGGAGCAGCGGGCGGCAUUGGAGGUCUCGGCGGGGUUCCCGGAGGCCUGGUGCCCGGCGUGGGAGGGGUCCCUGGAGGCCUGGUGCCCGGCGUGGGAGGGGUCCCUGGAGGCCUGGUGCCCGGCGUGGGAGUGGUCCCUGGAGGCGUAGGAAUCCCAGCGGGGGCGGCAGCGGCCAAAGCGGCGGCCAAGGCGGCUAAGUACGGAGCAGCGGGCGGCAUCGGAGGCCUGGGUGUUGGAGGGGUCCCAGGAGGCCUGAUACCCGGCGUUGGAGUGGUCCCUGGAGGUGUAGGAAUUCCAGCGGGAGCGGCGGCGGCCAAAGCGGCCAAGUUUGGUGCCGGAGUUGCGCCAGGGGCAGCAGUGAUUCCCGGUGCAGGUCUCCCCAUUGCAGGAGUGGGUGGCAUCGGAGGUGUUCCAGGUAACGGUCAUCCUCGGUUGGUUACCCGUGACUUCCUUCCUUCUCCCACGGAGCCCAAAUGCCCUUGCGAGCCUUGCUCUGCUUCCAGAGGGGGUCGGCCCAGGGAAGACAGAUAAUGUUCCCUAAGUGCUUUGGCCUUCUAACAUUCCCGUUUUACAGAUGAG